CCGCCGCCACGCCCAUCUGGGCUUACUACCAGCUGCGUCUCUGCCAUACGAGGAAGGAAACUGUUGCAGUCGCGCUCGCCUGCUUUGGCGCCUCGUCGAUGCUCGGCGCGAGCGGGUGCUACCAUCGUUUAGACUGGCGGACGGAGCGGCGGGAGCACCUCGCGAGCCAGCUCGACCACUGUGGCAUCUACCUUCAGAUCGCCUUCAGCGGCGCGCCGCUCUACCUCCUGUUACUGCCGCCGCCGUCCGACUGGGCCGUGAUUGCGGUGAUGGCGAGCUGCGCCGCUGUGGGUUGCGCCCUCGCCCUGAGCCCAGUCGAGCUGAGCCGCCACUUCAAGACGCUUGUCUAUUGCGUCCUGGGGCUGGGCCAGCUGCUGCCCCUCGCCACGUCGUUCUUCUCGCCGCGCAGCGUCAUCUCCCAACUCACGCCGACGGAGCAGGCACUGCUCGCGCUCCUGGCGCUCUCCUAUCUUGUCGGCUCACAGAUCUACGCAAAUGCUUGGCCUGCGCUGUGGCCGAGCGUCUUUGGCUUUCAUGAGCUGUGGUACAUGAAAGCCAGAUCCUCUCUGCUAAAACAGGCACACCGCCACAGUCUCUGAAUUGCCUCUAGGCACGCCCUCGUUGUCGUCGGCUCGGCCUGCUCAUAUGCCGUCAAUUGCAGCCUUCUCCUCCGCCGUGCAGGUUUGGACUCUGGGGUUGCGUAGCGAAAACAGCCAAGUGCGCAUGCAAGUGCGAGCUGCGCGCUCUGCUGCAGCAGCGGCCACAGCUGGCAGUGCUGUGUAUGUG